AUGUUUAAGCAGGCACCUCAGACAGGAUACGUACAGCAUGAGAACUACGAGAUCAUGCUUCGCGCUGAGGUCGAAGAGCGUUGCGCGAACGCUAGCGAGAAGACUCCGAACUACACCGGCAGUGUCACUAGCGCUUACAAGGUCACGUUGAGGAAUGGAAACUCUGCAGCUGGGGUUGUCCAUAAGGAGCUUGAGGCUGUCUUCUUCAAGCGGAAGAUGGUACUCAAGAAAAUCCGCAAGAGUAUACGGAACAUUAUAGUGGAAGAGUUUGCCCAAGAGAUGCGAUCUUUGCUGAAAGCUUUGACAAAAUCAACGACUACGGGACUAACCGCCGGUAAAGGUGGCGCGCCAAAAUCGAUCCGCAAACAGGCUAAAGAUGCCCAGACCGAGCUGGAGGGUCUCUACGGUGAGCGCAUGAGCGCUAUCGAGGCCUUGAAGCGGCGCAACGAACAGGAUGAGAUAAUCGAGCCGGAUGUUGAUCAGGAAGAGGGUCUGAACAUGGAUUCGCUCGAGGAAAACAACGACAAGCAACAUCCACCGGAUGAGUCGUUGCAUUGGCAAGAUUGCCCCCUAAGAGGACGUUUAAGUGAACAUUCCUGA